UGCCCAAGCACUUCAUGAUUUUUACGGACAUUGCAAAAGUCUUCAAACCACAGCACAAGUCGCAUAAACUUGCAGAAAACCUAUCAACAAAAUGUGUGCUGACCAAGUAGAUGGUGCUAUACUGUACAGAUACAAACCUGCAGGAAAGGAUAAACCAGUACGUGACGAAACUUACUCAGCCACAGACCAAUUCGACUCACCUGUUAGACCGAUCUGCAAUGAUGGGACAAACAGCCAAACCGGAUGUGACGACACAAACGAAUCAAACGACACAAACGGAUCAAAACAAUGCCUAUGCUGCAAUUUCUGGGGACUUCCAGUUUUAAGACAAGUUCCUGAGACGGAUCACGAUCGUGCGUUUGAUUUGCUGGUAGCUGUUGUUUCCCUCUUUCUCUGCCUCGGUGAGGUAGGAUCGGAAGUGAAGUUACUCUUGGAGUACUAUAUGUCGGGUGAACACCUGAGUUUUGGUCUCACCCUAGGCUCUAUGCUUACCACUACUGUUAUUGUUGGUAUUUUCACACUGUUGUGGACUUUAAUAGAUAUAAGGCAACAAAACGGACCUACAGUACAAAAUUCGGACGGGAGACAACAGUCUGUCGGGGCAAUCGAUACUGCGAAAUCACUUAUAGUGUGUAGAAUUAUUGCCUCGUUUCUCCAUUUUGGCCGCGCCUUCCGCCUAGCUGAGUACAUUUACAACAUAUAUCAGGGAUGGAAGAGUAAGAGAAAAGAUGAGAAACGAAUAGAAAAAGCGGAAGUGGAAUUACGGGAUGCCUCAAUUUUGGGCCUGUUGGAGGGAUACAUGGAAACUGCCCCAAACUUCCAGUUACAAUUGUACCUGAUGUUUGCAACUGAUGCUAAAACUAAGACAAGAGCUUUGUUUUUGUUGAUCUCCUUGGCAUCUAUAUCGAUCUCGGUGACAUCUUGCUAUAUGAUGCACCGGAAGUUGAAACGGGGGCGGAAGUCGGUGACGUUUCUUGCAUGGGUGGUAUAUCUAGUGAUGCGACAGUGUGAACUUGGGCCCCGUCUUGUCUUAUUAGUGUUGUGUUUAAAGUUCGUUGGCUGGUGGACGCUGAUAGGUGUCUUUUGCCAUCUCAUGCUUAUGUUCGUGCUAAAUGUAUGUCACGUGAAACCGGAGAACAAUCAGGUGUGUGACCAACGCUGUUUGCACUUCUUCUACCUCUUCCUCAGCUACGUCGAGAUCUACAGCUUCAUCAACAUGAACAAGGAAGAAUCCAAACAUACGUCACUAAUCUAUUACGUCAUAUUUUACUUGGAGAACGCUGUGAUGAUGUCAUUAGUGUUAGGUCUGACGUAUAGCGGAAUCAUGCCGUGUAUGACUUGGUGUAUGUUCUCGUAUUCAGCUAUCCCAGGUUUUGUGUUACACCUACUCUUCCUGUGUCUGUACUAUUCCUAUCUCCACUCGACACGCAACAGAUCAGACCACUGAUCGUCUUACAUAUUACGUUUGUAUUAAAGGAAAGACAUCAAGAUUGUGUACCUUAAAUUUAUUGCCAAAAUCCUUUUACAUUGUUAUGUUCGAUGUUUUUAUAGCAACAUAAUAUUCGAAGUCUGUAGCUAACCUACAUACACAUUCCUUGAAAGUAUUUAACACACACACGACUCUGCUAUACUAUAGUUCAGAACUCAUUUCCUACACGUUAAACCUUUAACUCAGAUUACAGUGUAUUCAAUUCGUGACCUCCGACAAUGAAGAGACAAGAAAAUAUUUACUGACCCAAUUGCAACACCUUAGAUUUUUUUUUAUCUUUUCUACUCUAUCUUUCCUUUUUGCUCUCUUCCCCUUGGAAGAUCUGUCUCCAUAUGUCCCUUGCUUUUGCGAGGACUUUUAAACCCUGGUAAAUUAGAAUACUUUGUACUUAACCUUUGACCUUCAUACGUCGAGACGUCAGGCUCCAUUGUACUUGCUGGAGUUUAUAGGUUAUAUUAGGUAACUAUUGUACAACGUGCAAUAAGUGAUUGUUAAAAUUAAGUAAAUUUGAGAUAUGAACGCAAAAAACACACACAUGUGUGUGCACCUAUAAACUUGGAAAUAGAAACAGUAUGUUCCAUACAGCUGUUUUAUACCUGCUGGGACUUAUGGGUAAUGCUAGAAUCCAAAACGAUGGAAAUCCAAAUUUGUCUUAACUACUGUUGAAACAAAAGGGGAGAUGAGUAAAAUUUCUCAACGAUGUUCAUUUCACAAAAAUUAUAAAAGUACUUUUAAGUACUAAUUAAUUUCACGUAAAAAGAGUUAAGUGUGUAUAUUAUGUUUCAUGUCACUGCUCAAAGUGUGACAGUGACUGACGAGGUUCAGGCCAACAUUGGGGACUGAGAAAUGCACCAGCAGAGACUACCAGCAGAAUAACCGCGUAAACAGUAUUGUAUCAGACACUUGUUGAUAGACUUUUGACAAUAAAUAUUGACGAUUUUAAUAACUCACUAUAUUAAACAAAGAUAUUUAAAUUAUAUAGAUUUAUAACUUUUAUAAGUUUAUAGUCAAUCCCUGUUCGGAACAAAGAAGAUGCGUUUUUGGCGAGUAUAUAAACUUGUCGCAUUAUUUAUUGAUCAUAUAUAGUACAACAAUAUUUCAUAUUAACCUUAAAAAAUAGCAUCAGGAAAAAAAUACCGAAGUGUCGACAAAAUCGAAUAUCGAACUAAUAAUCGCUAAAACUAUAGCUAUAAAAAAAAAUAUACAAAAAGUAAAGCUUAAUGGAAAUUCUUUAAAAAGGACAAGGAGAAUAAAACAAAGUGUUCAGGAGGCAAAGCGUCCUUUGUUUGAUCGAUUACGAUGUUAAUCUAAGACAUAUCCAAAUAAUGUCACCUCAUACCUAGGGUAGUGACAACGAACCAUUUUUGGAAAACCUUUAUUAUAAUUUUGCCACAAAGCUAUGUCUAUGUAAAAGCUAGAAUGAGUUAGUAUUCUACCUGUUUAUAAAAUAUGAUUCAUUACUCAAGUUCCUAUUCCAAACACUGAGAUUUCCAGGAUGAAUGCGUUCUACAUGCUGACUUCACGUUUCGUAACCAGGGUCUUCUAUCAGAGCGUUACCAAUCUACACUGGAAAUAAUUAGUCGCAAUCCUGAGCUGAUUUUUAAACUAUGGGAUUUGAAUAACUAUUAUGAUAUUAUUAAAGAUAUGUUGAGUGGACCUGAGAUAGAUUACGGCAUAAAUUUCAUCUAGAUUUGACAGCAGUCAUUAGUACUGGUGACAUAUAAAUACUAUGUGGUGAGUUUAUUUAAUCCUCAGUGUCAUCUGUGUUUCCAAUUGAUCAUUAGCUGAUCAAGUCCAGAUUAUGUUUUGUAAAUUAUACAUGAUACGUGUGUAUUUGAACAGAUCAUUAUUGUCACAGUAAUAUAUCGCAAAACUUAAUGUAAACAGCGAUCAGA